AUGAACCGGAAAGCACGGCGCUGCCUGGGCCACCUCUUUCUCAGCCUGGGUAUGGUCUACCUCCGGAUCGGUGGCUUCUCCUCCGUGGUAGCUCUGGGUGCGAGCAUCAUCUGUAACAAGAUCCCAGGCCUGGCUCCCAGACAGCGGGCGAUCUGCCAGAGCAGGCCGGACGCCAUCAUCGUCAUAGGAGAAGGCUCACAAAUGGGCCUCGACGAGUGUCAAUUUCAGUUUCGCAAUGGGCGCUGGAACUGCUCCGCGCUAGGGGAGCGCACCGUCUUCGGAAAGGAGCUCAAAGUGGGGAGCCGGGAGGCUGCCUUCACGUACGCCAUCAUAGCUGCCGGUGUGGCCCAUGCCAUCACAGCUGCCUGCACCCAGGGCAACCUGAGUGACUGUGGCUGCGACAAGGAGAAGCAAGGCCAGUACCACCGGGACGAGGGCUGGAAGUGGGGUGGCUGCUCUGCCGACAUCCGUUACGGCAUCGGCUUCGCCAAGGUCUUUGUGGAUGCCCGGGAGAUCAAGCAGAAUGCCAGGACUCUCAUGAACUUACACAAUAACGAGGCAGGCCGCAAGAUCCUAGAGGAGAACAUGAAGCUGGAGUGUAAGUGCCACGGCGUGUCAGGCUCCUGCACCACCAAGACGUGCUGGACCACACUGCCACAGUUCCGCGAGCUGGGCUAUGUGCUCAAGGACAAGUACAACGAGGCUGUACACGUGGAGCCUGUACGUGCCAGCCGCAACAAGCGGCCCACCUUCUUGAAGAUCAAGAAGCCACUGUCAUACCGCAAGCCCAUGGACACGGACCUGGUAUACAUCGAGAAGUCACCCAACUACUGUGAGGAGGACCCUGUGACAGGCAGCAUGGGCACGCAGGGCCGUGCCUGCAACAAGACAGCUCCCCAGGCCAGCGGCUGUGACCUCAUGUGCUGUGGCCGUGGCUACAACACCCACCAGUAUGCCCGUGUGUGGCAGUGUAACUGCAAAUUCCACUGGUGCUGCUAUGUCAAGUGCAACACCUGCAGUGAGCGCACUGAAGUGUACACGUGCAAGUGA